AUGCGUUCCCGGGUCCUGUUUUCUCUGGCGCUUGGCCUCCUCGCCGCCGACUCUGCUGUUGCAGGGCUAUGCAAACCUCCGCAAUCGAGCUCGUCUACUGAGACCAGCUCGACUACUGAGACCAUCUCGACGACCGAGGCCAUCUCAACUACCAAGGCCAUCUCGACUACAACUUCCGACGCAGUAGUUUCGUCAUCAUCGACUGAAUCCUCCUCUUCGGUUGCCCCGACAGCUACCACCAAUUUCCGUGUUGUUGCUAGCAAUAGUCCCCUCUCCGGCUCACUCCUUACUGCCAACCCAGACACCGACACCAUCCUACUUUUCAACCCUACUUCUUCGACCUACUCCGCCGUCACCUUGACUAUCGAGGCCGAUACCGGUCGGCUUCUUCAAGCAAAGGGCAAUUAUGUCUGCGCGGCCUAUCGCACGACUAGCACCGAUCCUGGGUUCCUCGUCACCUGCUCCGUCGAACGUAUCCCAAAUACUCCGUAUGUCCUUUGCGGGGAGCCGACCGAUGGCUCACCACUUGUGUGCACUGCGCCAGCUGGCGACUGCUCUACUUCACCUUGUACACGCAAUGGCGGCACGUGGAAUCAGUUUUACACGAAGCCUAACAGUAUUGGAUAUUUCACGUAUUUUGGGACGGGCAGCUACGACGCGUCGUACACGGCUGUUGAUUUCAACGUUCAGGUUAUAUAG